AGCUCUCUCUUCAGGGACACGCAGCUGCUCUCUAGCACCGGGUGUGAUAAAUUCAAACAAACAGCUUCGUCUUUCUCUUUGUGUUUCUCGUCUGUCUCUGUGCUAACACCGUGCCUCCUCGCCGUGUAGCCGGGGAGCCCAUCCUGCCUCCCCCCUCCACUUCCACCUCCAGGGACAAGAACAAAAGCAGAUUUUGGCGUCUCCAGUGAGUGAAGAGCGUCUGGCACAUGAUGAUGCGUGCCACAGAGAGGAAGUGACAGAAGAAGGCAUUCAUUGUUGCAGAGCAGCGUCUGUUCGGAUCGCCCCUCCUCCGUCUCCGUGAGCCUCCACGCCGCAGCCAUGCAGAUCAACCCCGUGUUCGUGGAGUCUGCUGUGGUUUUGGCCGUGGUGCUGUGUGUCCACAUGGCGGUCUGGAACCAGCACUCCUGGUGCAGUAUAGCCCUCGUCAUCCAGGCUUUCUACGUGCAGCACAAGUGGGACCGCCUGCUCCGGUCGGGGGGCGCCGUGUUCCAGUUCCGCCCGGCAGCAAACAGUGGCAUCGUCCCGGCCUCCAUGGUGAUGCCCUUACUGGGUCUAGCACUAAGAGAAAGGUGCUCUGCCUCAGGGAAUGUCUACUUUGAGCGCUUCUCCAUGGUGAUCACCGUCACGGGCAUGAUGCUAGCUCUGUUUUUGUCUCUCAUCGCGCUGGGCAUUACAAGACCGGUGCCCACAAACACUUGUGUGAUCGCGGGCAUGGCAGGCAGCGCGAUUCUCUACACAACAAAACAGACGCUGACGGUGUCUGAGGUCAUCGAGGUCUUAGAAGUCCUGCUGAUCUUUGUCUAUCUCAGCUUAAUUGUGCUGUACCUGCUGCCGCGCUGCUUUACUCCCGGAGAGGCGCUCCUCAUCGUCGGAGGAAUCAGUUUCAUCGUCAACCAGCUCAUCAAGCGCUCCCUGAACCUGGCGGAGGUGAAAGGUGACCCGGUGAACUAUUUCCUGCCAGUGGUGGUCGUGGGCUCGCUAUUGCUGGGGGUUUUCUUUGCCCUACUCUUCUGCUUCAUGGAGUCUGAGACCUGGGUGUCCUCCCUCUUCUUCCACAUGAUGACAGCCGUUCUGGGUCUGGGGAUCCUCAUGCCGUGGCUCUCUCUGUUCAUCGGCCGGCACCCCAUCAUGUGGCUGUUGGACUUUGUCACGUUAAACGAGAGAAGACUCUGUCUGUUGGGAUACUGGGUGUUCCUAGCCAGCGUGGCCACCUGCGUUGUGCUACACCAGAACUACCAGCGGCAAUCCGGAUCAAAGAAGCACCAGGCCUCAACUGUCGUCAGGAAGUAUUUCCAUCUGAUCGUGGUGGCUACGUUCGUCCCAGGGCUGAUCUAUGACCGGCAGCUGCUCCAUGUGGCAUCCGUAGGUUGCCUGGCGGUUUUCUUGCUCUUGGAGUAUAUACGGUACUUUCGUAUCAAGCCGCUCGGACAGCUACUCAGGCAGCUGCUCACUUUGUUCCUCGACGAGCGGGACUCUGGGCCUCUCAUCCUGACCCACAUCUACCUGCUGCUGGGCAUGUCGCUGCCCAUAUGGCUGUCCCCUGGGCCCUGCGCUCCUAAGGGGACACUCCCAGGUGCGGGCGGCCUGGUGCCUUAUGCAGGUGUGCUGGCCGUGGGGGUCGGAGACACUGUGGCAUCUGUGUUCGGCAGCACCAUGGGGGAGAUCCGCUGGCCUGGCACCAAGAAAACCAUGGAGGGGACUGCAACAUCUGUGUUCGCCCAGAUCAUUGCGGUGGCCAUGUUUCUCAUCUUUGAUGGGAGCAUCAAUCUGAACUCCACCUACUCAUGGAUUGUUGGCUCUAUCUCACUGGUGGCCAUGCUGGAGGCUUACACCUCCCAAAUAGACAAUCUCCUCCUCCCACUCUACCUCUUCAUCCUGCUGUUGCUUUGACUGGACGGGACAGAUGGCACCAAUUAAAAUGAGGGUCAGCAGACCCCCUUCCCCCGUCUUCAGUCCAUACUGAGGGGAGAGAGGGAAUGGUGAAUUGGAAAAAAUAAUAAUAAAAAAGAAAAAUAGGAUUGUAGAACUCAGAUAACCCUUUAGGAAUAAAUGUACCUUCCCCCCACUAUGAAAACGCCGCCACAAGGGGGGUUAAUGUGUCCAGCACAAGAGAGAGAGUGUGGAGUUUUUUCAGCAAAGUAGCUUGAUUUAAUAACUAGACUAAGCUGAGAUGGCACUAAAAAUUCUGCUCUUUACUUUGUGUGGGUGCAGAUGUACUGAUAGCAUGACAUCAAAGUCUGUUCUGUUCAGAUGACAAAUCAUUUAAAUAUCAGUUGCUUAGGAAUGAGUUUUAAUCUGAGUUGCUGAGAAAUGCGAGGAGGAGUCGCGGAUAUUGUUUGGGCUCUGUCUGCAGCAGAGGCGGCACUCGAGGUACUCUGAGGUACUCGGACAACGACACCAACAGCUCCUGAAUUAUGUAAUAGUAGAAGCAGAUGCUGCUAAAUGGCACAUUUUGAUUAUCAGUGGGGUUUUUUUCCUAUAUCUUGUCCUGUUUUUUGCAAAUGGAAAUAUGCCUUUGUACAGCCUUUGAAGAACAUUAUUUAAAGUGAGCUUCUUGAUUGUUUUUUUUUUUUAAUCAAACAUUUUAUUUGAUUAUAUUACAAUAUGGUUUCUGCCUCUCAUGUGGCAGUGUAAAGGAUUGAACUGCUGAACAUAUUUGCCUUAAGAAGUAUAUUUUCUAUCAGUCGACAUUACCUAGUAUUGUAGACGCUGUAGUUGAAAGCAUGAUAUUUGUCAAGAGGCCCGUCUCAACUCGUCAGGGCUGGUUAAUACUUCGAUAUGGCAGCAACCUAAUAUGCUCCUGCAUGACACUAAUGUGAAAUCCUGUACUGUAACUUGUACACAGAGUUUACCCUGCGGUUUAUUUUUGUUUAGUAAAAUCGUCUCCUUUGCUUAAUAUUUCUGUGGUUUGACGGGACCCUCUAGAGACAUUUCCUUGUGACACUGAGCCUUGCAACCCCACUGUUUUUUUUUUUUUACAUAAAUCUUUCUCCCUUCCUUUUGGGCAAUAUUUUUUGAGCAAUAGAUAGCCAGAUAAUUAUACCGUUUACUUUACAGAAAUAUCCUCGACGGUCAAAAUGCUUGAUCUCAUCAUCAUACUAUGCAUUGAGAUGGGGAUGCCAUAUUUAUGACCUGAAACAUUUUUUUCAGCAUGACUUAACACAGUAUUUGGUUUAUCUUUUAUCUGUACAUGAGCUUGAUGUUUUUUUUUUUUGUUUUUUGUUUUUUCUGUUGUAAUGACAGUUUAUCAGCAUGGUCCUACAAGUACAUUGUUUUUGCCGCCAUCCCUCCAUUUUUCUGAAAUCCUAGUAUUGCAUGUUGAGUGCAUCAUUAAAGACUUUUUAUGGUUUAAA